AUGUUGGCACGCCAAAUCCUUCACGUUGGCACGCCACAGGCCAAAUCUGACGCAAUCACCACCCUUUCCAAUCUCUCCACCACUGGAAACACACUAUCCACAAUUCUCUCAUGCUUCCCGAUCCCUUCCCUAGUUGACAUCCUCAACACCUUCAAAAAAUCGUCCAAAACAGUUGAGAAAUGUGUCGCUCUCCUCGAAUCGCUUAUGCCCUUCGAACACGCACGGGUAUCUCUGACUUCAGAGCCCGGGGGUGUGCUAUCAGUGGUGGAAGCGCUUGAGGAUGGGUCAAGCCGAACCAAGGAGCACGCUGUAGGGGCGUUACUGACACUUUGCAAGAGUGAUUGUUGCAGAUACAGAGAAGUUAUUCUCAACGAAGGAGCGAUUCCAGGGUUGCUAGAGCUAACAGUGCAAGGGACGGAUAAGGCUCGGCCGAAGGCGAGGGAGCUGCUGCAGAUUUUGCGGGGCUCGAAAGACAGGAGGUCGGAGAUGGAAGGCGAGACUUUGGAGGAUAUUGUGAACGAUAUCGUGUGUGGGAUUGAAGGUGAGGAUCGAUCAGGGAAGGCGAAGAGGAUGCUGGCGGAGAUGGUGAAGGUGAGUAUGGAGCAGAGUUUGAGGCAUUUGGAGAGAAGGGCUUCUGUUGUUUGUACUACUCCUACAGCGGAGCUGGCUACUUUGAAGUGAUGAUGUUGACGCUAGCGUUUGUGGUUUGCUUGCUUUCUUGGCUGAAAGAUGCCAGUCCAGGCCGCGAAGGUAACAGGUGACUGGUGAAAGUGUUCAUACUUUGUAAUUGUUGUAUCUAUAUGAUUUCCUCACAGUUUAUGUGCAUGUUUGAAGGUGGGUUUGUAUGAUUGUACAAUAUAGUUUCUUUGAGAUUAUAGGGGAUAUACCAAUCCUUGCUUUUCAUUAUAUGCUUUUGUUUUGAUACGCUUUUUUUCCAGGGUCUGUUCGUCCGCAGUUCUUGCAAUGUAAUAAGUGGUAGUUGCAUGUAA